AUGCAGCCAAAGAUGAUAGUUGUAGCUGGACACUGUGAUGCCCAUGCAACUGAUUGGUUAGUGCAAAGGCCAGGGAUAGAGCCUAUUAUCUAUCGAGAUCUUUUUCUUUUCCGUACUCUUGCUUCAUUCUUGAAUGGCUUCAGCCUACAGAAACUGGGAUGCAAUGCAGAGCUUCUAGUUGAUGAGUUUGGCGAGAAACUUCUGGAGGAGCUUGAUUAUACCUUAGAAGCUCGUAAUAUUGAAGAUUUUUUGGAGAACUUCAAAGAUGACCCUACUGUUAAGAUACCUCGGGUUUACAGAAAUCUUUCUGGUUCACGUGUUUUGGUAAUGGAAUGGAUUGAUGGAAUACGUUGCACUGACCCACAGGCUAUUAAGGCAGAAGGCCUUGAUGUAGAUGGAUUUUUGACUGUUGGAGUGAGUGCUGCUUUGCGUCAGUUACUUGAAUUUGGGUUAUUUCAUGGUGAUCCACACCCUGGAAAUAUCUUUGCUAUGCGGGAUGGGCGUAUAGCAUAUGUAGAUUUUGGCAAUGUCGCUGUGCUAAGUCAGCAAAAUAAACAGAUUUUGAUUGAUGCUGUUGUUCAUGCUGUAAAUGAGGAUUAUGCUGAGAUGGCAAAUGAUUUUACGCGGCUUGGUUUCCUUGCUAGUGGGACUGAUGUUUCCCCCAUCAUUCCAGCUUUGGAAGCAAUUUGGCAGAAUUCUCUUGAAAAGGGACUCUCUGACUUCAAUUUCAGAAGUGUUACAGGCAAAUUCAAUCAACUGGUUUAUAAUUUUCCCAUCCGCAUUCCCGAAAGGUUUUCUCUUGUUAUCCGUUCAUUACUGACUCAAGAAGGCAUCUGUUUCACAUUGGAGCCAGAUUUCAAAUUUCUUGAGGUUGCCUAUCCAUAUGUGGCAAAGCGUCUGCUGACAGAUCCUAACCCAGCUUUACGAGAACGUCUUAUACAGGUUCUGUUUAAAGAUGGUGUUUUCCAGUGGAAACGGCUUGAGAACCUAAUUGUUCUGGCAAAAGAAAAUGUGGCAAAGAUGAGCAGCAACCCUGCAUUGCAAGGGAAGAUCAUGCGAAGAUCCAGUGGCUGGCAGGUUCAGAAGAAAUUGGACCUCACAGACACCAUCAAGGAUGGAGCUCGCCUUUUCCUAGUUGAUGAAGGAAUUCGCAGGCAGCUGCUUCUUGCUUUCACUGAAGACUCCAAGCUUCACAUUCAAGAGCUUGUUGAUGUAUAUAAAUUGCUUGAAGACCAAAUAGACAUACCAUCAAUGGCUAUUGAGGUGGCACGAGACUUCCCAUCUGUUGCCCGGGAUGUCAUGCUUUCCUGGAGUGCCUCCGUCUUAUCUGAAAGAUAA